CUGACCGGAAGUCCUAUUUGUUAUCCGGGGAGCUAAGCGAGGAUAAACUAGCUAAGCUUGCAAGUUGAUGUGUUAACUAAUAUAGAAAGAAGGGAGGAUGAGCAGCUCAGAAGAGGUGUCCUGGAUCUCCUGGUUUUGUGGACUCAGAGGGAAUGAGUUCUUCUGUGAGGUUGAUGAAGACUACAUACAGGACAAGUUUAACCUGACAGGUUUGAAUGAGCAGGUGCCUCACUAUCGGCAGGCUUUGGACAUGAUUCUUGACCUGGAGCCAGAUGAGGAACUUGAAGAUAACCCCAAUCAGAGUGACUUGAUAGAGCAGGCAGCAGAGAUGCUCUACGGGCUCAUUCAUGCACGUUACAUCCUCACAAACAGAGGCAUUGCACAGAUGUUGGAAAAGUAUCAACAAGGGGAUUUUGGCUAUUGCCCAAGAGUCUAUUGCGAGAAUCAACCAAUGCUUCCUAUUGGUUUGUCAGACAUCCCUGGAGAAGCAAUGGUGAAGCUUUAUUGCCCAAAGUGCAUGGAUGUUUACACCCCCAAAUCCUCCAGACACCACCACACAGAUGGAGCCUAUUUUGGGACAGGGUUCCCCCACAUGCUGUUCAUGGUGCACCCAGAGUAUCGUCCAAAGCGGCCAGCCAACCAGUUUGUGCCAAGGCUAUACGGUUUCAAAAUUCACCCAAUGGCUUAUCAACUCCAACUUCAGGCUGCGUCAAGUUUCAAGAGCCCAGUCAAGACAAUUCGCUAGAACGCCACUUUGACCAACACAAUGGACUUUGCUGUCUACUACUUGUUUAAAGGAAUGGAUUAUAUAUUCCCAAUAAAUGCCUGUACAGUUUCCCAAACUCAGCUAGACACUUUCAUAUUCAGACAUUCCCUCUCAUUUAUUGAAACAUGUAACUAAUUCCAAAGGGUCAAUCUCCUGAUAGUGUUUUACUUUAAUUGAUGUCAAUCCAUCUUUGCACAUCUUUGCUCUUUUAGGGUUGUUUCCUCUGAAACAAAAAAGGGGGCUUAAAUUCCGUCAUAAUGAAGGCUACAGUGAGCUUUGUUGCUUAAUUACAGGUAAUGGAAUGUAACAGAAAGCCUUGUUACCAGCCCGACAGGUUUGCCUUAUCAGUGAUAUGGUCAGUCCAUACUUUGGAAAGUUAACAUUAAAUCACAUCAAAUCAUGUAUCAACGUAUGAUUUUAUGCUGUUAAGAUGAAGGGUUUUAUUUGAAAACAGCACUGGGUGUAAAUGUGAUCAGGUGCUAUUUCCAAGAAACAAUGAAUACCAAAUUAGAGGAAGAAAGUAAGAAAAUGGACCUAUGCUUGAUUACAUUUUUAUUAUUAAACUGUUAAGUUUCCUUAACAUUAGGGACUGUUUGUACUUGAUUGUUUAGGCAAAUGUAACAUGAUUAUAGUAUAUUACAAUCUUGAAAGAUGUGACAUCUUUUCCUCUAAACAGUUUGGUGUUGAUUGAUCGUGCAGCAACAUAAACUGGAGCAAGUGAAUGGCAUUAAAUAUUUAUUUCUUACCAAGAUCUCUUUCAUACGUUCAAGAUUGUAUGCUUCACACAUAGACUGCCAACUUAAAUGCCAAGUAAUGCAUAUUUUAUUUUUUCAUAAAAAGUCAGGGAAAAGUCACAAAGCAACAAUAUUUUCCAUUGUCUAAAAACUAUUUCCUUUUCGUGUAAUUCUACAUUUUCUUCCAGGUGAGGUUUCUGUUGUCCAUGUAGCUACAAUACCAAUGGCUUCUUUUUGGGUAAAAAAAAAAAAAAAGGUUGCUAACAAACAUGCUAUCUAAAGGGAAUUAAUAUAUUUAAGCAUUUUGUCUUCUAUGGAAAAGCACAAGAAACAGCAAGUGAGAGCAAUCUACUAUGACUGUGGUAAAAAGGCUUUACAAACUUGGUUGAUAAUUAAUGCAAUUGAACCUUGUGACAUCUCUCUAGUGGAAGCCUGGAAACCAGCGUGUGUUGUAACAUCACAGUACAUCAAAUCACACAAGACAUUUCCUACUUUACAAAUAAAUUACUGUAUAGUAGAACAUGUAAAAAAAAAAAGACAA